AUAUGCAGUGGAAUCCCAUACCAAGGGCCAUUUCUCUUCUACUCUUUCCCCACGUGCUACACAGUACUUUCCUCUCGAGUGUGUUAAUCAAUCAUUCAUUCAUCACUGUUGCCUUUCAUACGCCAGUUGCCAGUUUAUCACUUCUGUCGUCCACUGUAUCUAAUUAAGUCAUAAACUCAUCCCACUCUGUAACUAGCUAUAAAUACACCUGAUCAGUCAUCUCAUCAACCAUUUAGCUUGUACGAGAAAUUAUAAUACUGUAUGCAGAUCGCUUAGCUUCAUCCAUCAUCUAUAUAUACGUAUAUCAGCGUAAGCGAGUGUAGAAGCAGAAUUAGCUACGAUGCAGAAGUACGAGGUGGUGAAGGAGUUGGGAUCUGGGAAUUUUGGGGUGGCCAGGCUCAUGCGCCACAAAGAAACUAAACAGCUUGUUGCCAUGAAAUACAUUGAGCGUGGUCGCAAGAUUGAUGAGAAUGUGGCAAGAGAAAUCAUAAAUCACAGAUCACUCCGCCAUCCUAACAUUAUUCGUUUCAAAGAGGUGGUUUUAACACCAACACACUUGGCGAUAGUAAUGGAGUAUGCAGCUGGUGGUGAGCUCUUUGAUCGCAUCUGUCAAGCUGGUCGAUUCAGUGAGCCUGAGGCCCGGUACUUUUUUCAACAGUUGAUCUCUGGAGUCCACUACUGCCACAACCUGCAAAUAUGCCAUAGAGAUCUGAAGUUGGAAAACACACUGUUAGAUGGCAGUCCAGCACCUCGCCUUAAAAUUUGUGACUUUGGUUACUCCAAGUCCUCCGUGCUGCAUUCACGACCCAAAUCAACUGUUGGAACUCCAGCUUAUAUUGCUCCAGAGGUUCUCUCUCGUAGAGAAUAUGAUGGCAAGUCGGCGGAUGUAUGGUCGUGUGGAGUGACUCUAUAUGUCAUGUUGGUGGGAGCAUAUCCUUUUGAAGAUCCAGAUGAUCCCAAGAAUUUCAGAAAAACUAUUUCCAGAAUAAUGGGUGUUCAAUACAAAAUCCCAGACUACGUGCACAUAUCUCAGGAUUGCAAGCACCUUCUUUCUCGCAUAUUUACCGCCAGUCCCGCCAGGAGAAUCACACUAAAAGAGAUAAAGAACCACCCAUGGUUCUUGAAGAGCUUGCCAAAAGAACUAACAGAAACAGCUCAAGCAGUAUAUUACAAAAGAGACAACCCAACAUUUUCCCUUCAGACCGUUGAGGAGAUCAUGAAAAUUGUAACAGAGGCAAGAAAUCCACCACCUACAUCAAGGCCUGUUCCGGGCUUUGGCUGGGGAUCAGAAGAAGAAGAAGACGACGAGACCAAAGAAGAAGAAGAAGAAGAUGAAGAAGACGAGUAUGAAAAACAAGUCAAGCAAGUCCAUGCAAGUGGAGAGUUUCAUAUCACACAUGAUCAUGAUGCUUAAGUUUACCAUUUGUAGAACUAAUAACAGCACCCUAUUUCCUACAUCAACGAACUUCUCAAAUAUACUAAAUAUUAAUACUAUUCCUUGGUACUCUA